GGCAUCAGCUUCUCGCCGCGCCAGGUGACGGCCGACGCCAGCUUCCACUCGGUGUCCUUCUCCGAGACGGACCACCCCAAGGUGCUCAUCACGGGUGAGUGUGAGGCGAACCCAACGCCGGAGGGCAAAGUUUGUUUGGUUUCGUGAUGCGACCGCGGAAGACUUCCGGAGGGGAAAUGGAACUUGUGACUACACGGAAAGGGCGCAGCAGGCCAGCUUUGGCUUUCCCCAGGCACUCCACAGAGGUCCCGAGGCGUUCCCGGUCCGGCCCAAAGAAUAUAUUAGCACCUGGUCUGGCGGCGGCCGGACUCUGAGCCCCUCCCGGAUGGUUCUCUAAGGGAGAGCCCGGACACCCCGCCGAGGAAACGCAUCUCGUUCUUUCGGUCACGACCGUCGCUGAGGGGAGGAACGGAGAUCGACCCGUAAAUCGAGAGCUUUGGCUUCAUCGCCACGACAAGACGCCGCGCCGAUCCGCCUGUCGAGCUACCGAUCCGCUAAACAAGACCCCGAUGUACUUCGACUCCUCCCCAGAGUACAGAAUCUCUCGGUUGACCCGGAGAGGGCGCUGCACCCUUUUCCAACGAGGACCACGGCUCAGAUUUAAGAGAACCGCUUCACAAUUGGCUGCGAACCGCUCCAGCGAGCGUUUUAGACGGCGGCUCGACGAAGCCGUCGGACCCGCGUCGUAGAGACCGUGGUACUGAGGCCACCGAAGCGGGCGCCCACAACACCGAGGAAUUCUGUCCGUGAAGGUAGCGAACAGAAUUGGCGACCGAGGGCGGCCCUCGCCAGAAACCGGUCGGCAACUCUUGACACCGGUGUACCGGGACCGAACGGUGCCGAUCGAGGGGGUCCGGUCCCCCGGGCUCCUGGCGCACCCCGAGCUCGGAACCGGACCCCGCUGCUCCACGGCCGCGCUGCGCUACACUUGGAAAGGACCACCGCCGCCCCCGUCUGCCAAUCCAGAGGCGCUGUCCCCGAUGUCCACCCGAUUUUGGCCCCACGACAUCCUGAGCCUUCAGGAGCUCCGGGCGAGGAGCUUCUUAACCGCCCCGGUGUCCCCGAGCCCAGAGAUAGGAGAGGCCGCUCGGGAAUUGAGUAGUCGCCGAGUCCGGGUGGCCUGGGCCAGCUCGGGGUGGGGCUCGCCAAACUCCUACGGCCCGUUCAUCUACUCGGACGUUUUGGACUACAAGAACCUGCGCGAGAUCGUGGUGAACAACCGCAUCACUUGGCUGGUGCACUACAGCGCGCUGCUCAGCGCCGUCGGCGAGGCCAACGUGGCCCUGGCCCGAUCGGUCAACAUCACCGGCCUUCACAACAUCCUGGACAUCGCCGCCGAGCACGGUUUGCGUCUGUUCGUGCCCAGCACCAUCGGCGCCUUCGGGCCCACGUCCCCGCGCGACCCCGCCCCCGAUCUGUGCGUGCAGAGGCCCCGCACCAUCUACGGCGUCUCCAAAGUCCACGCUGAGCUCAUGGGUGAAUACUACCACCACCGCUACGGCCUGGACUUCCGCUGUCUCCGCUACCCGGGAAUCGUUUCGGCCGACUCCACGCCCGGCGGCGGCACGACAGACUACGCCGUCCAGAUCUUCCACGACGCCAUCAAGACGGGCAAGUUCGAGUGCUUCCUGCGGCCCGACACGCGGCUGCCCAUGAUGUACAUCGACGACUGCCUGCGCGCCACGCUCGAGGUGCUGGAGGCGCCCGCCGACACUCUGGCCAUGCGCACGUACAACAUCAACGCCGUGAGCUUCACGCCCGACGAGCUGGUACGGGAGCUGCGCAAGCACGUGCCCGAGCUGGAGGUGUCGUACAACGUGGACCCCGUCCGGCAGGCCAUCGCCGACUCCUGGCCCAUGAACUUCGACGACUCCAACGCCAAGCGCGACUGGGCCUGGAAGCACGACUACGACCUGCCCGAGCUGGUAACGACCAUGCUCAACUCUCUCAGCGGCGACACGCGCAUGGCCAGCGCCAACUGACGCCGGGGCGGGUGGGCGAAGCUAAGCUAAGCUAAGCUUUUUGUACAUAGUGUAUAGAUUGACCAAAGCGGGAUGGAGCGGAGGCGGCCCGCGUACACGGUCGUUCUCUCCGGGCGCCCGCCCGGCGAAUUCUGCCGGCUCGAGCGGACGGACGGCGACGAGCCGCGUUUGGGUGCGGGUGACGGAUUGUUUCGCCCGCACGGGGAAACCAAAGCGCUUGCAUCGCAAAGGGAAGCCAAAUUAGGGUCGCGAAAUUCCGGGAAUCUUCAAAGUUUCCGUGGCAGUAAAGCAAAGAAAUUGAAAUAUAGUUGGGGGCAAACCAUUUUUGCGUCAUCGUACCUCAACCAACAAGCAGAGUUCAUACAAAUACUGUCGUACUUUGCCUUGAAAGUUUUUCCAGUUACUGUCUUUGUGUCGCGAGCCAAAAUUUGACGUACGGCGGACCGCCGCGUACUCGCAGUUCGGCACCCGCGGGUUCACCGAUUCGCAGGUUUUUAUUUAUUAGUUUUUUUUUUCUCCAGGAGGAACCGACCUCGAAAAUGCUUAUUGGUAGUUUAUCCCUGCUUCUUCCACAAUUUUUAGGGUUUCAUUGCAAUUGUAGUUGAAUAUGAAUACAAUAAAUAUAUCAAGUGCAAUUCUAAUUUGCGUCGAUUAUCCGUGCAUUUUUGCUAUUAUCCCCGCGAGUAGCGGGCGUCCACUGUACGAACAAGCGCGGGAUGCGAUGCCGCUCCGGUGAAGUGAAGAGGAAAAAAAGGGAGUAAUUGAAGGUACUGUGAUUCCCUGGCACGCGGGCAAGGAGAGCCACCUGUGCUUGAAUACGACGGCAUUCCGUUCCCAGGAAUUUCAAUUCCUUCCCGUGGCAAGUUUCUCGUUUGGAAGGGUCGCAAAAUCCCCCAGUUGAACUUCCCAAUGCCACUGUAGCGGCCACUUGGCAACCUUUUGCCGAACUCUGGUAACUCGAGGUUUUUGCGUUCUAAAAAGAAGCGGUGCCCCCGACUCUGGGGGUCUCGCUCCUGACAAUUAACCAAUGGUGUGCGAGGGGGUGUGCUGACGAAUCGUUUUGCAGAAUAAAUUCUUCUGUUUAUUCCACGAGCUAAUAUGUUCUUUCUAUUGGUGUCCGGCGAAAGCUUUUCUUUCAUGUUUCCAGCUGAUUUUUCGAAUUCUAUGUGGGACGAUGUAGACCCGAAAGGGAAACGCAACCUGAUACGUGGCAGCGUGCUACGGCCGAGGUGUUCUCCUGCUGUUGUAGUUUUUUCUGCUGUUACACCAUUUGUGUUGGCAAUAAACUACUUUUUCUGCACAUUUUGGCCGAUUUGCAUUUUUUGGGAGAAGACAUACAGUGUACCCCGUUUAUCGUGCGUGUUUGGCAAGUUGUUAAAACGCAUUGACCACAUGAUUGUCCACAACUACUCGAACAAAACAUUCAGCAUGAUGAAAAACACGUUUACAACUUUACAAAUGGGAAGUACUUCGUAGA